UCUUAACAUGCAAACCUGGAACUUUCCUUAGCUUCCAGAUGCUUUUUUAAAGAAAAUGUUUUAAUUAUUGUGAUGUGUUAUUUUGGUGUUAGGCCGCAACAAGCUUAUUUAAUCAAGCUCAAGUUGGAAUCAGAAACAAGAACAUCCUUCUUCAUUUACACAGCACGAGACUCUCUCCACCUGAGCAAUCCCAUCCGCCGGCGAUCAUCUCUUUUCCGGCCAUCUCUUCCGGCCCUCAGCCUUGCUCCGCCGGCCAAGUCUGUCCCUCUCACGGUUUUCCGGCCAGCUCCUCCACCUCUCUCUCAACCAGCUCAUCCGCGGAUUAGCUCUCUCUCACGGUGGUCCAUUCAGAUCAAUUUGGUGUUUUCUAAAAGGGCUUUUAAGAUGGUGACAAGAAGUGUGGAUCUACGAUCAGACACCGUGACAAGACCCACUGAUGCUAUGCGCGAAGCAAUGGCUAGUGCAGAAGUGGACGAUGACAUCCUUGGCUACGACCCAACAGCUCGACAUCUUGAAGAGGAGAUGGCUAAGAUGAUGGGUAAAGAGGCAGCUCUCUUCGUGCCAUCCGGCACAAUGGGGAAUCUAAUAUGCGUUAUGGUUCACUGCGAAGUGAGAGGCAGCGAGGUGAUUCUUGGAGACAACUCCCACAUCCAUGUUUACGAGAAUGGAGGGAUAUCAACAAUAGGAGGCGUGCAUCCCAAGACAGUCAAGAAUGAAGAAGACGGGACGAUGGAGUUGGGGGCUAUAGAAGCAGCUAUUAGAGACCCUAAAGGAAGAACGUUUUAUCCAUCUACAAUGUUGAUUUGCUUGGAGAACACACACGCCAACUCUGGUGGGAGAUGUUUGAGCGCUGAAUACACAGAUAGUGUUGGAAAGAUUGCGAAGAGACAUGGACUGAAGCUUCAUAUCGAUGGAGCUCGCCUCUUUAAUGCUUCCAUUGCACUUGGAGUUCCAGUCCAUAGGCUUGUAGAGGCUGCUGACUCUGUUUCGGUGUGUCUCUCUAAAGGUCUUGGAGCUUGAAAGUUCAGGGACUACCAGAUAUAAGAACUAAAACACAAGAUACCAAGAACGCUUUCUUGUAUAUUAGAAAUCUGUUAAACAAUCUUCCUAGAUCUGUUUAAUCCGAAUUACUCUCAGUCACACACGACUAGAGACGGACCAAUUCCUAAUCUAUCAAAACAGAAAGCACGAGCUACACCUUCAAGUACUCGUCUUUCUUAAGCUCUCAAGAACAAA